AUGGCCCGUAGAUGUGUCGAGGACGACGAUCUGAAGCUUCGUGGUGAACUGGAUAUAUGGAAACAGGAGUUCUACAUGGUAGAACAGAAGAAUCUCAUACUUCGAGAAGAAUUGGCAUUCAGGAAAGAGUCCGAGGAAGCCCUCCAACAGAGGAUCUGCGAUUUGGAAAAACGUCUGGCCAACGAGAAAGCGAGUAAUUUUAACGACCUACUGGAUACUGUCAAAAUCCAGGAAGAUAAGUUCACGAAGAAAGACUUAGUAGCAAAAAAUGAAAUAGAUCAGCUCAAAAGAGAGGUUGAGCUUUAUUUGAAUGAAAGGAAGAAACUCAAGCAGAGGGAACGCGAGCUUGUCGAGGAAAUCAAUAUUAAGACAGAGAACGAAGCUUCCCUCCAACGGACAAUCAAGUGUUUGGAGGGUGAUUUAACUACCCAUCGCGAAGCCCUGAAAAAACUGAAUGAAGACAAGCUGCUAUUAAUAUCAAGGCAAGAAAAUGAGAUUGACGAAUUGAUACAGAAAUUACAUCGUACUCUAACUCUGACGAAUUUGGAGAAGGAUCAAUUAAAGCAAGUGAAAGAGAGGAUUCAAGAAGAAAAAUGCAGCAGGAGAUGGAAAAUACACGACUGA